UCUUUCUCUGCUCCGGUGCUGCGAGUCGGUGCUGUUGGAGGAGCAGAAGGAGGAGGGGACGGCAGCCGAGAUAGGACAUGCCCCGCAAGAGGCCGUUCAGCGCUAAGCAGAAGAAAAAGCAGCUGCAGGACAAACGGGAGCGAAAACGGCAGGGCUUUCAAGAUGGCGUGAGGUCAAGCUCCAACAGCCGGAGUGGCAGCCAUGACAGGCACGAGGAGCACACGGACACGUCGGACAGCGAGUCGUUCUCCCUGCAGGUUCGCAAGCUCAACCAGCAGCCCCAGAUCCGCAAGCCAGGAGAACACGGCUAUGACCCCAACAGGUACCGGCUGCACUUUGAGCGGGAGAGCAAAGAAGAGGUGGAGCGGAGGAAAAAGAUUGCCCGGGAAAAGGUCUUGGAACCAGUGCCAGAAUCUGAGAUGGAGGUGGACAUAGAAGACGUUUACAAGACUGGCUCAGUACUGGAUUUUCCUAAACGGCCACUCUGGAGUUACCAGAUGACCAAGGAGCAGCUAUUUGCCCGAGAGGAAAAGUGUUUCCGGGAAUAUCUAGAAAAUAUCUAUAGUACAUUCCAGCCAAGCCAGCUCAGUUACUUCGAGCACAAUCUGGAGACAUGGAGACAGCUGUGGCGUGUACUGGAGAUGUCAGACAUUGUGUUGCUCAUUACCGACAUCCGGCACCCGGUCAUCCAUUUUUCCCCGGCCCUCUAUGACUUCGUGACCAAGCAGAUGAAGAGAAGCAUCAUCCUGGUUCUGAACAAGAUUGACCUGGCACCACCAGCCUUGGUGGUGGCCUGGAAGCACUACUUCAAGAGCCGUUUCCCUCAGAUCCACGUGAUCUGCUUCACCUCCUACCCACAACAAGACCAAGACCCCAGUGCAGUGUUUAAGAAACGCCGGAAGCGCCGGAAGGGAUGGAGCACAGCCAUGGGGCCUGAUCAGCUGCUGAGCGCCUGUGAGAGCAUCACAGCUGGACACGUGGACCUGAGCAGCUGGAAGGAGAAAAUUGAGCGGGAUGCAACAAGCGCACGCCUGCCGGUUGAAGACUCGGAGGAGGACUCAGAUGAUGACGAAAGUGCAGCAGUCCUAGUCGAGUACCAAACAGAUGUGGCUAUGGAGGCUGGGGGAUUCUCCCAGGAACUCUACAAGGAUGGGAUCCUGACAGUAGGCUGUGUAGGCUUCCCCAAUGUGGGCAAGUCCUCGCUCAUAAACGGGCUGGUGGGCCGCAAGGUGGUGAGCGUCUCCCGCACUCCGGGUCACACCAAGUAUUUCCAGACCUACUUCCUGACGCCCGCAGUCAAGCUGUGCGACUGCCCUGGGCUCAUCUUCCCCUCCCUGGUGGACCGGAAACAGCAGAUCCUUGCGGGCAUCUACCCUAUUGCCCAGAUCCAGGAGCCCUACACCUCCGUGGGGUUCCUGGCAAGCCGAAUUCCAGUCCAGGCCUUGCUCAAGCUGCGGCAUCCGGACGCUGAACACGGCGCGCCCGAGCCCCCGUGGUGUGCCUGGGAUAUCUGCGAAGCCUGGGCUGAGAAACGGGGCUACAAGACAGCCAAGGGAGCCCGCAACGACGUCUACCGAGCUGCCAACAGCAUCCUCCGCCUAGCCGUGGACGGGCGCCUCUGCGUCUGCAUGCGGCCUCCUGGCUACACUGCACAGAAAGCCAUGUGGGAGCACCACCCCGAGUCUGCCGAGAUCGCCGCGUUGCAAGAGGCGCACCGCCAUGACGGCAAGCACAGCUCUGGUGAGGAGGAAGAGGAAGAGGAAGAGGAGGAAGAGGACGAAAUCUCCAGCUCAGGAGAGGAGGAGGACGAAGAGAAAGACCGAGACGCUGACGAGGAAGGCGAGGAGGAGGAGGAGCCACGCUCCGCCCCUAAGAGUGGGCCCAGCCAGCCUGUUCCUUCCAGGAAGGGAAAGCUCCUGGGCCGGAACUUGUUUGCUUUGCUUGGGGAAGACGAAUGUUAGCAGCUCCCUCUGCUGGGCAGACUGAGGGGGGUGGCCCCGAUCCCUACCCCAUCCCAUCCACCUGUGCAUUCCCAGAGUCUCUGUAUAUCAAUAAAGGUGAUGUUUAUUUCCUG